AUGUCGGACCCAUUUGGAGACAGCAAUCCUAUGGAGGGUGACGUUACACAAGAUCUGUCAGAUUUUGUGCCGCCUGCUGAUAACAGCGGAGACUUUUUUGAAGUUGAGCCGCAUCAAGAGGCGACUGGUGGGGCUUAUGAAGAUCAGAUGCACGAAAGUUACAAUGAUUACGCCGGGGAGAGCUACCAGCCCAUGGACUUUGCCCCCACUUCUGUCGAGCCGCCUGCUGUCGAAAAUUCUGUACAGGAUUCGGCAUUUUCUUCACAUACGCCUGCUCAGAUCCCUGUCGUUGAGGAAGAUAACGAACUUACGAAGUUUAUGAAAGAAUACGAAGUUAAGAUCUCGAUGAAGGCACAGGAGCAGGAAAAGGUAGCAACUGAGUGUAAGGCGAAAGCUGAAGAAGAUAUGGCUCAUUUUUUGUCCGAACGUCAACGCAUCAAAGAGUCUAAAAUGCAGGCAAACCGAGUCUUUGAACAAGCAACACUGGAAAAGAUGGUAGCUGAUCUACAGAACGAGAAUCCGUGGGAGCGAGUGGUAACGCUCGUGGAUCUUGAGACGCGUAAGAAGAAAUUGGAUUCGCUCAAUAACAACAAGAAGGACAGUAAGAAGCAGGAUCCUAAGCCUGUAGCUGUGCCAGCAAAGAAAACUCCUGAGGAUGAGGAGGACGUUUCGAGAAUGCGACAGCUCUUUGUGCAGCUCAAGGCGUCGCCACUCGAGCAAACGCGCGCUGAUGCUGUGUCUGCUAAUUAA